AUGAUCAACAACAUUUGUCAACUGAUAGUCUCAAUUACUAUAUUCAUUAAUGGACUCGAAUCUGCUAAAGUAAUCUGGACGGGUGAUCAUGAACGUAGACUCUAUGCAAAAUUGGCUGAAAACUAUAAUAAAUUGGCGAGACCCGUUCGAAAUGAGAGUGAAGCGGUGGUGGUGCAUCUUGGAAUGGAUUAUCAACAGAUCCUCGAUAUUGACGAAAAGCAUCAAAUCAUGAAUUCGAAUGUAUGGUUGAGAAUGUCUUGGACUGAUCAUUACUUGACUUGGGAUCCAUCGGAAUUCGGAAAUAUAAAAGAAGUUCGACUUCCAAUUAAUAAUAUUUGGAAGCCGGAUGUGUUGUUGUAUAACAGUGUAGAUCAACAAUUUGAUAGUACGUGGCCGGUGAAUGCAGUUGUUUUAUAUACUGGAAAUGUGACGUGGAUCCCUCCAGCAAUCAUCCGCUCAAGUUGUGCAAUCGACAUCGCAUACUUUCCAUUCGACACUCAACACUGCACCAUGAAGUUCGGUUCAUGGACGUAUUCUGGAUUCUUCACUGAUCUCAUCAACACAACUAUCUCUCCAGCAACAUACAAACCAAAUGGUGAAUGGGAACUACUUGGAUUGACAUCUCGACGGUCUAUUUUCUUCUACGAGUGUUGUCCUGAACCAUAUUAUGACGUCACUUUCACUGUUUCAAUUCGAAGAAGAACGUUGUAUUAUGGAUUCAACCUCCUUCUUCCGUGUAUGCUUAUUUCAUCAUUGGCUCUUCUGAGUUUCACGUUACCUGCUGAUUGUGGAGAAAAAUUGAAUCUAGGAGUCACUAUCUUCAUGUCUCUUUGCGUCUUCAUGAUUAUGGUAGCGGAAGCAAUGCCUCAAACAAGUGAUGCUCUUCCGUUGAUUCAAAUCUACUUUUCCUGUAUAAUGUUUGAAGUUGGCGCUUCCGUUGUUGCUACUGUUAUUGCACUGAACUUCCAUCAUCGAUCUCCGGAACAAUAUAAACCUAUGAACAAAUUUUUAAAAACACUGCUAUUGAAUUGGCUACCUGCUCUUCUCGGAAUGGAGCGACCCGAUGUUCUGGAAAUGUCAGUUCAUGGAGCACAUUAUGCUUCUGAUAAUAAACAAAAACAAAAACAGUACCUGAUAGAAGUGGAACGACAUAUCCUAACCCGUCCGAAUGGAAAUGGCCAUUCUGCAGUCGACAAAGCAGUUCACUUGGAUUUAUCAACUGGAAAUCCAGAUAACAAGAAGUCUCCGUCUCCGAAGAGAACGAAUCCGGCAAUUGUUGGAAUGAAAGGAUUGCCAACAACACAUAUGAAUGGAGGGUUGGAAUCAUCAAUCAAUAAAUACACGUGUACAAAAGUUACGCGUCCAAUGGAAAACGGUUCAAUAAAUUACAAAUCUCCGCAAUUGAAUCCCUCAAAUAACAACAAUAUCUAUAAACCGAACACUCCGAAACCUCCAUUCGAAGAUCGCCAUUUCCAUCACAUUCUGAAUGAACUUCGUGUCAUAUCAGCACGUGUUCGUAAAGAAGAAGCAAUGCAUGCACUACAAGCCGAUUGGAUGUUCGCGAGUAGAGUCGUUGAUCGUGUUUGUUUUCUCGCUUUCUCUGCUUUUCUCUUCAUGUGUACUGCUAUAAUUUCAUAUAAUGCUCCUCAUCUUUUUGCCUAA